CUGAGCCCUUUUGCUUUGUUAUCAGUGCCCAGCAUUGAUUUUUCCCGUUGCUUCCUUUCAGCUAUAGCGUGGCAUUGAUUGACGUCCCGCGUUAACGCUCUGCAGGACAAGUCCCCUGAUCCGUGCCAGGGUGGGGAGGGUUCAGCACUGGCGAUUGAUGCCAUGCAGCGUUAACAAGAGGAGCAUUUGUUUUUGUGCUGAAAACGAGCCACCGGCAGAGAGUGCUUUUAAACACGCCUGGUCGACGAUCAGCGGGAGGAAAGUUUGAGUGAUGGAUCAGAGGUCAAGAUUAAUGACAGUUUAAGAUCAGCUUUUCUGGCAGAGGUUCCUGUUUGAAUCUGGUCCAAUGAAAGGUGAAGAAGAAGCCAUCGGGGGUUCUAAAUGCUGCUCGUUUCCAGCACCCAUGGAGCUGCUCAGUCCCUCCAAGAGGAAGGACUGCCCUCAGAACGUCACAGAGAAGGUCACGCAGGUGUUUUCUUUGGAGUCAGAUGUACUUCCUGAAUAUAAACUCCAGGCACCAGAGACAAGAUGGUGGAUUUUGCUUCACUACAGCCCCUUCAAGGCAUUUUGGGACUGGAUUAUUCUCCUCCUGGUUCUUUACACAGCUGUUUUCACUCCGUACUCAGCUGCCUUCCUCUUAGAUGAACAUGGAGGGUUUAGACAAAGGAGAUGUGGCUACACGUGUAACCCUUUGAAUAUAGUAGACCUCAUGGUGGACGUGCUGUUUAUUGUGGACAUAGUCAUCAACUUUCGCACCACGUACGUCGACCAAAAGGACGUGGUGAUCACGCAGCCAAGCCGGAUAGCCAAACAUUAUAUCAAAGGCUGGUUUUUUAUUGAUCUUUUUGCAGCAAUCCCCUUUGACCUUGUUAUUUUUAGAUCUGGGUCUGAUGAGAUGGCAACCUUAACAAGCCUACUUAAAACAGCUCGGCUGUUGAGACUGGUCCGUGUGGCAAGAAAGCUGGACCGAUAUUCUGAAUACGGAGCUGCAGUCCUCUUCUUGCUCAUGUGUACGUUUGUUCUCAUCGCUCAUUGGCUYGCCUGCAUUUGGUACGCCAUUGGCUUUGUGGAGAGGCCGUACACCGAGACUGGUUGGCUGGACAAYCUGGCUGAACAACUAGGAAAGACGUACAAUGACAGUGAUUCCACCUCUGGUCCGUCAGUCAAAGACAAAUAUGUCACCGCCCUCUACUUCACUUUGAGCAGUUUGACAAGUGUGGGGUUUGGUAACGUCUCUCCAAACACUAACUCUGAGAAGAUUUUCUCCAUCUGUGUCAUGGUCAUUGGAUCUCUCAUGUAUGCCAGUAUAUUUGGGAAUGUGUCUGCCAUCAUCCAGCGGCUGUACUCGGGUACUACCCGUUACCACACCCAGAUGCUGCGGGUCAAAGAGUUUAUCCGCUUUCACCAAAUUCCAGGUGCUCUUCGGCAAAGACUGGAGGAGUACUUUCAGCAUGCCUGGUCCUACACAAAUGGCAUAGACAUGAAUGCUGUGUUGAAGGGAUUUCCAGUGUCUCUGCAGGCAGACAUCUGUUUGCACCUCAAUCGUUCUUUGCUGCACAACUGCAAAGCUUUCCGUGGAGGAAGUAAAGCUUGUCUACGCGCAUUAGCGAUGAGAAUCAGAACUGUCCAUGCUCCUCCGGGGGACACUUUGAUUCAUUACGGAGACCUCCUGGACUCACUCUUCUUCAUCUCACGUGGAUCCAUCCAAGUCAUGAGGGAUUAUGUGGUGAUAGCCUUAUUAGAAAAGAACGACAUCUUCGGGGAGCUCAUCCACAUGUUUGAUGAACCAGGAAGGGCCAACGCAGAUGUGUACACCAUCACUUACUGUGACUUGCACUGCAUCCCAAGGGAAGAUCUUCUGGAGGUUCUUGAUAUUUACCCAAAUUUUGCUGACAACUUCUGGAGGAACCUGGAAAUCACUUUUGAUCUACGAGAUACUGAUCCAAUGCCGCCGAUAAUAGCUGAUGAUUCUGGGGAUGACAGUGAAUAUCGCCACAAACAAAAACACAGAAAUCACUCCCUUGACUGCAGAAUAAGGCCAGAUGGAAUCGAUCAUGAAGACUCGUAUCAUCUUCAGUCCUGCCAUCACUCACCUCCUCAGGCCGGCUGGGAGGAUCUCUGGAGCAGUGGGUCCUCGUGUUCCCAGUCGAGCGAAGGCCUGGCCAAGCCUAUCACUCACAAUGCUGGAACAGAGCUUUACCCUCCUUCUGUGGUUCAACUGCUGCCUCAAAGUGGAACUACAGAUGCGGCAUUGGACCGAGGUCACCAAGCCUCAUCUUUGAAUGUGCCUGGAAUGUAUCGCUACUGGUCAGAUCAACAGUCUCAGCAGUUCUCCAGUCAUGUCCUACGAUCAUCUUCAGCCUGCAACUCGAACCACCCACCACUGGUCACAGAAGAGAGGCCCAGUGAGCUCGAGUCUCAACUUCAAGUCUUGCAAUCGCAGCUCAACAGGUUAGAAACUCGUAUGACAGCUGACAUCAAUGUUAUUCUACAGCUCCUCCAGAGGCAGAAUGCUGCUGUACCCCCCGCCUACAGCACUGUAUCAUCCAGUGCCCUCCCUAUUGAUUCAGCUGGUUUAUAUGAGACUGGGACUCCAGUGCUGCACAGCAUGUAUCCAAUUUCCCCCAUACAAGUGGACAACAACAUACCCAAACAUACCUUGGACCAGACAAACCUUAAAUCUUCCAAAACCUCCCAAGAAUCACUGUCCAGCGGCAUCCACGUGAUCGCAGCGUCCGACGACACAACGUUCAUGGCCGUAACCCCUGAAACUGACACUCAUCCAGGUUUCACUCCACAGCUGCCGCAGCAGUCAGUCAAGUCGGCCCUUGAGGUCAACACCAGGCUGUAUGAGAAGCUGCACUGUCCCUCACUGCCAGCAGACCUGGAUCUCACCGCAGAACGGACCAGGAUCCAGAAACACGUCUCAGACCCAACGCUACCAGUCACCUGAUGACACGUGUGACUAUUCAGGCUUGACUCUGAGAGGACCCGUGCAAAUUAUGUGUUUUAUGCAAACAGUCGAUAUAGACUUUGAUAAUCUGUAGUGUUAAAAAAAGCUGAGAUUGAUUCACAUUAUCAGAUAUCAGUGUAAUUUAAAUAGCCUUCCUCCAGAGUAUUUACUCAGUUAAACUUUUUAUGAACAGCUGAUACAGAACAGAUUUUUUUUACUGCUUCCUUACAACCUGGGAAAUAACCCAAACCCUGACUGAAAAUUUACAGAUGUGGUUAAAACACUUGUUUUUUUUUCCCCAUAUAAUAUUUUUACAAUAGUAACAACUAACUAGAUCUAUGGAAACAAAAUCAGUGAACUCUUUGUGUUUUUGAAAGGUGGCGAUGCACGUGGACAAUAAAAAGAUGUUUUGUGCAUUAAAAUAACACGGUAAUAAAAUACAAAGAUGUUUACUUUAAUAAAAUAUUUAGAUAUAUUUUCACUCUGACUGGGCAGAAGCCCACUGGAAGUUGUUGAUCUCUCCCACGGCCAGAAAGGGGUCCUGGAUGAUCUGCUGCAUCUGUCCCAGAUUAGAGUUAGACAGAUAAAAGUAGGAUUGACCAGAACACGGUUUUUUAAAUUAUUAUUUUCUCUGGGAGAAAUUGAUGUUAAGGAGUUUACAUUACAAAUAAAUUACCUUCUGAAUAA